AUGGAACUUGCUGAAAGGGUUUUCCGAGUUGUCGUCAGUAGUUUGUUAAUUUAUGGUUGUUUCGAAGGCAAGCUUGUUCAAAUCGGAGCCCUGAAUACGGCUCUCAGCGAAAGUACAAACAACGGAGGCGAGGCGAAACUAGGAACUGUACUUUUAAACGAAGAUAUCAAAGAAAGGAAGAUAUCAAAGAGAGACGUCGAAAAUAAUGAAAGUUUGAGCGUGCAAAAUAGUGUGGGUCCUACAGAAAUUGGACAGACAUUUAUCAUCACAUCGACACGUGCCCUCAAACAGACCAAACGAGCAAAUGUUUUAUCCGCUUCGCCAAGUAAGGUCAAGAUUGACACAUCACCAACGAGAAAAUAUGACGGAAAUUCGAGCGAGACUGUCGCUAUUAAUUCGCAAUACAGUACUCCUCACACAAUGGGAGCCAGCAUCGAUGGUGUAGUUACAACACGGGUCGUAAAAAGCUCAAUUCAUCCAACGUCUAUUGUUUCGUCCAAAAUUCUCGCUGCUGAAACUUUCAGCGAGUUACUUAGUCGCUCGGCGAUAAUAAAUCCUGCAGAACUGACCACAAACCGACCCAAAACGAAAGAAACGACUCCAAAGGGAGAGAGCGAUGUAAAGAUGAAAAAAGAUCCGAACGAAAGAGAACAGAGAAAGACUCUCUUCGGAUUUGUGACGAUCGAGAUUCUCGUAGCGCUUCUCGCAGGAGCAGCUUGCGCUGUAGUUCUGCUCAUAUUUUUGGUAUAUCGAUUGAAAAAGCGAAACGAGGGAAGCUAUGAACUUCAGGAAUCGAUAAGCUUAAAGACAGCCGCACACACAGAAGAAAAAGAGGUUUUUGUAUAA